AUGACGGAUAGCGAGGUGUACGAUCACCAUCCAAGUACACCCCCAAAACCCAGCACCAACAGGGCGGUUCAACAGCUUCAUCCCCGCGAUGAGACCCCUGUUGACUACAUCUUCAGCCGUUACGCUGUGGGUGAGCAGCUGGGCAAAGGUGGAUUUGGUGUGGUGUACGAAGGUACACGUCUGGAGGAUAAUCUUAAAGUGGCUUUGAAAUACGUCACAAAGACAGAGCACAUGGAAUGUAUAUCAAUUCCUGAUCAUCCAGACCCUCUCCCAAAAGAGAUUGCCCUCACUAUCAUGGCGAAUAAAGGUCACAGAGUGCCAGAAAUCAUCAGACUGCUGGACUGGACGGAUCACUCUGACCACUACGUCAUGGUCCUGGAAUGUCCCUCUCCCUGUGAGAAUCUGGUUGAGUUCAUCAGGCGUCACGGUGGAAGCUUGGACGAGGAGAAAACACGGCAGAUCAUGUGGCAGGCGACAAACGCCGCACACAUGUGCUGCCUCCGUAAAGUGCUCCACCGUGACGUCAAACUGGAGAACCUUCUCAUCAACAGGGAGACAUCCGAAGUCAAGCUGAUCGACUUCGGAUGUGGGGACAUUCUGGGAAGUUCACCGUUCAAGUCAUACCAUGGCACACCAGAGUACUCUCCUCCUGAGUACCACCGCAGGGGAGAGUACCAAGGCUGGCCGGCGACGGUCUGGUCACUAGGGAUUGUAAUGUUCACAUUGUUGUGUGGAGAUUUCCCUAGUUACCAGGACCUGCUCCUGCUGGAGCACAACAAGUGGUCCAAACCUGGCCUGUCACAGGAAUGCUGUGACUUACUAAGGGUUCUUCUCCACGAGAAGCCAAUCCGGCGACUUGGUCUGGGGCAAAUCAGGUCCCACAACUGGUUUAUGGUCGUCUUAUAGGACCACUCCGGUUGGCGCCUCUCUUGCAGCUUUGCGUCUUGCGGGCUGCAGCGGGAGGUGCUUUCAUCCCUCCUCUCGCCUUUGCGUCUUGCGGGGCGAG